AGCGUGGAUCCCGAUACUCAGACUGGACUAAACCUGCGCACAGUAAGGUUGCGAAUGAAAACAAAAAAAAUGUCUUCAGUGAGCACUUCUAGAGCGAAAAAGAUUGAUCCUUUGACCAAGAAAGUACCUGUGAAUCCGAAAUAUAAAGAUGUAAAACCAACAGUCGAUACAGGUUUCAGCCAGACAAAAUAUUUAGCAAAGUUAGAGGAAUUAAAGAGAGAUUAUAAAUUCAGAAAAGAUGAAAUUUACAAAAGAAUGAAAGUUUCCACAUAUGUACAGUUGCUUAUACAAGUUGCAGAUUUUGAGUCUUUCAUACAUGACACACCUACUGGAAAUGGUGACGGUACAGAUAGAACAUUCACAGGAGACAGUGAAUUAGAGAAAUUAACAUCUAAUCAAAAUGAUAACACCUCAGAGACACCAGUACCAUCUAAUAGCUCUGUACUGGAUACAAGUCGAUCUAGGCUUGAACAAGUUAUAAAGGGUGUUGGUGAAAUAGAUGUGGAUGCUCCACCCCAGCCACCUAAAACUGUAUUUGUAGAUGAUUCCACUCCAUAUCUAUUAUUAGAUGUUCGAGAUAUGGACGCCUUUAAUGCUUGUCAUAUUAUAUCAGCUAAAAAUUAUCCUACAGCAAUGUUAGCUAGAUCAGUUAAUUAUGAAAGUAAAGAUAUGUUAACAUAUAAAAAUCAAGAAGGUAAAAUAAUUAUAAUAUAUGAUGAAGAUGAGAAGAUAGCACCUCGAGCCGUUACAACAUUAGUACAGAGAGGAUAUGAUAAUAUAUUUAUGUUAUCAGGGGGGUUAAAAGUGGCGUAUAAAUAUUUCCCAGAAGGUCUUAUUACUGGAACACCACCAGUUACUGUCACAGAAAAAAAGGCUCCAAAGCAAAUACUUCCAGCUAGCCAAGCUCAUUUUACACAAGAUGAUUUAGACAAUCUAUCUAUAUAUUUAGACUCUCCUCCAACUGAUAGUGCCAGAGGUCGAUAUUCAAGACUGCAGACAGGUCGAUCAUCUAAAGCAAGUACAAGCAGUAGAAUGAGUAGUACAUCGUUAAUGUCCAGUAGAUCUAUAAAUAGUGUACGCAGUGAAUCUAGUAUACAUCCUAAGCCAUUUAAAGUUUAGCUAUGUGUAAUUAAUAUAAAAGACAGUGAUGUGCUAGAAGAAGAUAUCAUCAUAAUGAUCAUAGCAAUGACAAAACAUCCCUCCAGCAAAAUUAACAUCAUUAUUUAUUAUUUAUUACUCUGUUAAAAUAAUUGGUGAUCACCGUUUUAGGCAUUUCACUGUGUAAAUAUAUUCAUAGUAAAUUGUACAUUAUUGUAUAGUCUCUCUCUCUCUCUAUAUAUAUAGGUCACUCAUAACAUGUAUAUAAUACUUUAAUAUAUAAACGUUUUUAUAUAUAUAUAAUAUUAGUUUUAGUUUUUGCAACUGAAGUCCAUGAAACCAUAUCUUUAAUUAGUUUGAAAUGUAUGUCUCUCCCCUGAUUAGACAAUCUGUAUAAGAUGACUGACCUUUAUAAGUUCAUGCACAUUAUAGGUCUAAGUUUGACGUCACAUCAUACGACGUUGAUCACACGUGCAUUGUUUACAUCUGACAUAGUAACACAAACUGAUCCAGACAGAAUGGUGCCUUUUACCCAAUUUACGCCUUCGUGUACUAUUUUAUGUACUAAAUAGGAAAUAUUUUUAAUACAGAUAUACUUCCAACA